UGCACCGACACGCAUAUAUAAGAAACAAGUUUGUCAUUCCUUUGAGCACUUGAACUUGAAAUUCAAAGCGCGAAAUAUGGCCUUCAUGUUUGAAAUUAUAUUAUUAGUUUUACUGCGCGCGGUAUACGGACAAGACGCACAGAACACCGAAAUCGUUUUGUUGCCGUUGUGGAAUACAGAAGACAGUACAGAGGUACCUCUAAGUUUUAAGGCUUUCGAUCGAUUUGUCGAGUUAACGUUACAUAGGAACGACAAAAUCACAGCGCCUCGGUUUCAAGUUUGGAAGCACAUCGAUGGAGACUACGUGGAGGAAUUACCGGGACUCAACGAACCCGCGCCUUGUCAUUAUCUUCACAGGAAUGACUUCAGUUCAGCGGCCAUAAGUCUCUGCAAAGAAGGUGGCAUGCAUGGCCUCGUCUUCUUGGACAACGUCACGUUAGAAAUUACGCCGCUUCAAGACCAGGAGAUCUCGUUUUUUAACGAUCAUCGUGUCAGACAACGUUCGGAAUCCUUUGGGGAGCCACAUAUUGUCAAGAGAGCACACGCUCCUUCCAUAUCUUGGGGUAACGAACCUAGCUGGUACAAACACAAUGAAAUAAACACGGACCUGAAUGGAGAGCUAUUCAAAGAGCCAAGACCGAAGAAAUCGAGCGAUGCUCUGACAUUGGAGUUGGCAGUUUUCUUCGACGAGCCUGGCUACAAUCUCUUCUCGCCUUUCUUCGACAGAAACGACGAACAAAUACGCGACAUGCUGCUAGCUUAUAUAAACGGCGUGCAAGCGAUUUAUCAUCAUCCAACGUUAGGGGUUAUAAUUGACAUUUCUCUCGUGAGACUGGAGAUUAUGGUGAAGCAACCACGGGAUCUACCACAUUUUGAUGGAGACAGGAGCAGCUUGUUGAACUCGUUCUGUAAUUAUGCCAAGAAACAAAAUCCUCCGAGCGAGUAUUAUCCCAAUCACUGGGAUAUGGGUUUGUACAUUUCCGGUUUGGAUUUCUACGUUAUGGAGGCUGGACGAAAAAACAAUGCCACUAUGGGGCUUGCAACGGUAGGCGGGAUCUGCAUCGAUCAAUAUUCUUGCGUUAUUGCUGAAUUGGGUGUUACAAAUCAGUUUAAAAAACCAUACCCGUCGGCGGGUUUUACAUCCGUCUACAUAGCCGCUCAUGAAAUUGGUCAUAACUUAGGAAUGCAUCACGAUUCGACGGGCAAUCCGUGCCCCAAGGAUGGUUAUAUAAUGUCACCCAGCAGAGGUACGAACGAUGAGACAGUUUGGUCAGAAUGUAGUCGCGACGUAGCGCAAACGCUUUCUUACAAGAAGCCGUGUCUCACGAACAGGCCAUAUUCUCAAACGAGUAACCGGCUCGAUCAUACACGGUUUUUCAAUCUACCGGGUAGAGAAUGGACCGCGAAGAAACAGUGCGAAGUACUCCUGCGUGAUAAGGAUGCUACAGUCGUGACCUUAUACAGAGCUUGCGAGUCGUUGCAGUGCAAGACACCGCAUAGGAGCGGUUAUUACUUUGCUGGACCAGCGUUAGAUGGAACCUUAUGCGCCCCAGGGAAGGAGUGCCGCGGCGGUGAGUGUAAGAACGCUUUACAGAUUUCUUCGGGAACAAACGGGCCCCUUGUUCGACCGGGAGGCUGGAGCGAUUGGAAAUUAGGACCCUGUAGCAGUGCAUGUCUCCUAAAAUCCACCGGUGCACAGGUCAGACGACGAUUUUGCGAUAGUCCGAUUCCCAAAAAUACGGACACCGGUUGUCGAGGAUUGCAUUACGACGUGGUGCUCUGCAAAGACGACAGGCUUUGCAAAAAGAAACGUAAGAGCAUCGACGAAUUUGCGACGUUGAGAUGCACCGAGUUCAGCGAAAGAUUGCCAGAAUUGGACGUCAAUGGUGGCGGGCUCCAGGCGCCACACGAGCCCGAAAGACUGUGGAUGGCUUGCGCUAUAUUCUGUCGUCGAAAAGACAUAGCGUCUUAUUACACACCGCGUGUGGAAUUAAACGACCUUGGCCUUGACCCAUACUUUCCAGAUGGGACAUGGUGUCACACCGAGGAGGGACAAAAUUAUUUUUGUCAGCAGCAUCAUUGUCUGCCGGAGAACUUUCGUUCGGAGAAAACGCUACUGAAAAACCAUCAGCACGACGAUAUCGAAUUCGGGCCCCAGAACGCCCAUCCCAAUGGACUCGGUUUCGACGAUCAGGUGAUUAAAUAUCACAGUUUGGGGCUGGACGGUUUGCCGCUCUUGACAUCUCUGUCGCACGCUAUUGGAUUUCCAACGGACGAGGAUGAGUGGAUCGAUAAAGAUUACAUAGAGUUAACGAAGCCACCGCAGGAGAUCGUCUUCGAUGCACAAUAUCAAUUGAGAAAGUAACGUCGAUGAUAUGUACCAAUUUUAGCGCGAAUUUCUUUUCUAAUUUCCAUGCAAAAUAUUCGCUCGUUUCCUUUAUGUACUCCCUACUGCACGAAAUCGUUUGGCCUCGUUAGAAACUCUCCUAUCGCGUGACGUUCAACCUUUUUCGAUCAUGAACCAGAGAUGCCAGACGAA